AUUUCAGCAUUUGACAGCCGCACUAUUCCCUGAACACUGGCGAGAGAAUCCUCGUUACAGUGGACCCAACGUCCUCCGACAUUGACGACGCUGCGCUAGCACUACAUUAUGACAGACAGGGGCGUUCCAAUACACCACCGCGAUAAUCCGUAUCCUGAACCGGACACGCCUCCGCCGCUCACGUCCGGGAACGAAGGGCCUUACGUAGACGAUGGCAACAUAUGCGCAACUCCCAAGCCAAGGUCGUCUCCGUACGACUACUGCCCAGCCACACCGCCUAGCGGUCCACGCACACCUCUCACACCCAUCGCCAGCACUCCUCGUCCGGCCCAACCUCGGCCCUCGAUGCGGAUAUCCACCAGCACCACCUCGUACUCCCACCAGCCAUCGCCUGCACCACCUCGAAUCCUCAUGAUGCCACGUCGAUCCGAGCCCCAAGUCCAGCUGACAUACCUCAUCUUGCCACAGACUCGCGGUCGAUCGUCCACGUCGGCAUUCCACCUCCGUCGACCCGGAUCGAUCGUGGACACGCGGCCGCGGCUGGCGCCACUAAAGUCGAAAGCGCGGCCGUCUGAAAAGGAAAAGAUGGAGACGGAGGUACUGCCAGACUACGUGGUUGACCACAUGUUUGCCAUGACUCCGCGGUCGACAUCGUCGUCGGCCGCACCUGGCGACGACUUUAUUCCGAGCCAGUCGCCGAUCGCCGUGAUCGAGGAGUCGUCGCCGGCGUCCGACGAGAUGAAGGUCGAGACUGUCCUGACGACGGCGAAUCACCUGGGCAUUGCUGUGUUUGUGGACAUGAUGCUCAAGCUGGUCAUGUUCCUCGUGUUCAUGUCAUACAUUGACCCGAUUCGCAUGCUGUUUUCAAUCUUUGGGUACUCGUCCAGCUUUAGCUUUUCCAUUCGCCAGUAUUUCCUCGUACGUACUAGUAUUAUCAAAAUAGUGUAUACUUUAUAUAACGGUUAUUCAUAUGAUAUUGUUAAUUUGAAAUGUAUUAUCAAUAGAGCGAGUACCAAUGACGGUGGUUCCUCGUAUAACGCUUGUUGUUGAUAUGUAGUUUACCACGUUUUGCGCUUUUGACAUAUUGUUUCUCGUCGUGUGGGGCUGGACCGGGUUUGGCGACAAGCAACUGUAUCGCACGACUCUUGCAAUCUCUAACGUACUGAUCUUGGUCGUGGAGAUGGUGUGUACAGGACGGUUGCUUGUGCUCUUGCGAAACCUCACUCCCCAUCAAUCCCAAGAAUUGCAAGAUCGGUAGUCGUUGGUCGUAUGUAGUAUAUUUAUUAUUCAAUGGUCACCAGUCGUCGUCGUUCAAAACUUGGUCCACUGCCAAGGACAGGGCAUCUGGAGUCAUCUUGGAUGUGGACGAACGGGAUUCAAUGGGGAGACUCGAUGGGUGAACUGGCGGGAUGGAGAAAUGUGACGCCGUGGAAGGCAUGGAGAUUGCUUGGUUUGCAGGAGGUGCUAAGGUGGGCAUGCGUCGAGGUUGUUUGGCUGGGGCUGGUACUGGGGGACUGCGGGGGCUCUCAGAGGUUGAGGGGGAGGGUUGUGGAUUGGACUCGUGGUCCUCCUGUAGGUGCUGCGUCGGCUUUUUCUUCGUCUUGGGGACAAACGAUUUCCAAGCCCAUUUGUGUUUGCCCUUGGAAGCAGUCGAUGGCGGCGCUCGCUGUGCAUGGCUUUGAUGGAUCACAUGACGCUGGGUCAUCGCCACCAGGUCCGCUGACGUCGUGGCUUCCCCUGCCGGAUCUUCUAAGACAAAGGUACCGCGCUCGAGUGUCGCCGCUUGGUUGGCGUUGAAAACAGCGACGUCGUCGGCAUGUUCGGAAGUCGAAGGGAAGACUCGAACGACAUUGCUCCGGCAAAUGUUGAGGUACUGCUGCCGUCGUUCCACUGGCAUAAACACUGUCACCUAUGUACAUACAUAUAUACGUCCACCGGCCAUGGUGUAGAUAUUAGGAUGAAGUGCAUUCUCGGGUCGAGAGGGUUGGGUGUACGUUGCGUAGAAGAACGGCCGCGUUCUUGACUAAGGCGGCGCCCACAGCGUCGACGACAUCGCGGUGAAAGUACCCGUCAAUGCAGCCCAACGGAUCGUGGAACGUUGCCACGAUCUCCUCGUCCACGUACCUGCUAGACCGAAUCAAAAGCAAGAAAUCCUACCAGACCACACAACCAUCUAGUACGGGCGACACUGACAAGCGAGGUGUACAAACUUGU